AACACAAAUAUCUUAGGGGGGAGCGGACUGCGGCAAGUUUGGAGAGUGCAAUCUUAAUUGUCUCCUCCAUCGGCGAUCAAUUGCUAGAAAAUGAUAUCCUGUAGCAGAAAUCCAGCAGCCUUUGCCUUCUCGAUGCCCGAUAAGCCUGGGAAGGUUGAUCGCACCUUCCAUUUCCGGUCAACCAGGAAGACAACAGUGUACAAGUACACACCCCUAGCUGAAGAAUCUGUUUGUGCUCGAUCGAGAGGGGCAGCCACCGGAAUCAGAUGUUGCAGCGGAAAGAAAGGCCGAGAGGAUUCCGUGCCGAGGAACUACUAUGAACUGCUUGGGGUCUCUACUGAUUCCACCCCUCAGCAAAUCAAGGAUGCCUACCGGAGUUUACAGAAGAAACACCACCCAGAUAUCGCCGGCCAAAAGGGCCAUGACUACACGCUGAUGCUGAACCAGGCGUAUCGUACACUGAUGAGAGAGGAAUCAAGGUCAAGAUACGAUACCGCUUGCGGCAGGAGAUCUGAAUGGUCUGGGAGCAACUUUUCUGGGUUAGGUUACAGUUCAUGGAAUGGACCAUUGGGAUCACAAGCUCUCUUCGUAGAUGAACACAGAUGCAUAGGUUGCCAGGAGUGUGUCCAUCAUGCAAGCGAGACGUUCGAGAUGGAUGAAGCUUUUGGGAGUGCUCGCGUCAAGGUUCAGUUCGGAGACCAUGCCAAGAACAUAGAGGUUUCAGUCGAUUCAUGCCCCGUCAACUGCAUCCAUUGGGUGGACGCAGAAGAGCUGCCAUUGCUGGAGUUCCUGGUUCGCCCGCAACCCAAGAAGGCCUACGGUGUCUUCGGAGGAGGAUGGGAGAGGCCUGCAGAUGUUUUUGCUGCUGCCAAAUCCUUGAAGAAGCAACUCAAAGAGCAAGAAGAGAAGAAACACAACCGAGAUCAUAAAGAAGAUGCAGAGAUAGAACCGGAGACACCAGCCCAAACAAAAGCGAGAUAUCACGCCAGUAUGAAGUUGCAGUUCCAAGAACUCCUCCAAAUGUUUGGUCGUCUGGGAGAAUUCUUCGUUGCAGAGGAAUCUAAGGAGAAAUAGGUUCAAGAAACGGAUUGGUGGUACGUAAAUGAAACUAUGUGACGGCAUCUUAUUGAAACAAUUAUGUAUGUAGUGAUGGAAAUAUAUGGUUAGAACUCUUUGGUGUUGAUACAGAUGACUUACUUUAUAUAUGAUGAGUUUGUUUUGUACUUUAAAUAUAUACUUUGAAUUAUUAUA